AUGUUCCCAGAGACCUCACAGGCAUUGCCUGUCACCAAGCCACACACUCACCCAAACGGGAUCAAACAGGUAAAGGCAUGGACACCUCGAGCACUGAGCUGCCCGAAGGGGCAAAAGCAGCAAGACACCCACAAGCGACGGAGGACCGAAGUUCCGCUGGACAGUAGCAGGAACCUGCUGACAGCCCCAGGGAACCGUCAAGUAAACCGGCGGAG